UGCAAGGAGGGCAAUGGGUGAAAGGAACAGCCGGACACUCUUUCCUUUGUGGACUUGAUCACAACUACUUGGUAAUAUAUCCUCCACAAUCCCGAGAAAACCAUGAGUUGUCCCAAACAUCCCUUCGCCUUGAAUGCCGCGCUUUAGCCUUGACGACGUCACCCUCACCCCAAACACCCCCGUCGCCUUGAACGGAGCAGCCAAAGCUCGAAAAGAGCAGAGGAUACCCCGAAGCAAACCAUGGCAGCCAGGUUUACCUUUCCCAAUGUGUACGAUCCACAAAUGCAUCGAGAGGAGGUCCUCACUCUCUCGAGAACGACCUCCUUACAAACUACAAGAAAUCUCGCAAAUGGAACGACAGACUCUCCAAUGACCAGACAUGGCCCCCCCUCUGGCAGGAACCCCCCUCAUACUCUGCAGCGGCGGAAUAUUGUGUUUCCAGAUCCUGUAGCUUUCAGAUAUCUCGAGGAAGAUCCUCUUGCCGUGGUAAUAGAGCGACGUGGGAAGAUUGUUGGAUACGAACUCUAUCUUGUCGAACAAUGGGCUUGCUCCAGGGUGCACCCGACCUUUGUGAUAGCGACAUAUACCGGUGAUCCAAAUCAUGUAGCUUGGGUAGGAGUACUGGGUGUGCCUGCAGAUGAGGAAACAUGGUCCCCUAGGAUGCGUGUAUACUUCACAGCUGUCGCCAAAUUUCAUGCUAGACCAAAAGACACACCAAAGGGAAUGCUAAUGGUUACGAAUCUCAGCAGCUUCCCUUCUGCUCUUACCGUAAUACCUGUCCCCGAUGGAGAUAUCACGAAACACAGGGAGGACUUCAUAGUGAAUGAGAACCUGAAAAGGCUGGGAUGUUCUGGACGGUCUGGAAUGAGCUUAGCUACUCCAGCUGGAGCAACACAAGCCAAGUUUUUCCAACUGUACAAGACGAGUGAUCGAAUACCACUAUAUGGGGCUGUAAUCGAAUUGGUCAAGCUCUGCCAAUUUGCCUUGACGAUAUUUGGGAAGCUGGAACAAGAGUAUGCGGAUGGGAUCCUCUGCGAUGUCACAGAAAAGGCUGUGAAUGACUGGUGGACCGAGAUCGGGUCUGAAUACUACAACAUCGAGCCUACGGACGGAAUACUUGGACCAACAACCGUGGCAGCCAUGCUGGGGAUGCUGAUAGGUGCUCGGAAUCGCCUCAGCUGGUAUGGUGCACCAGUUCCCAAGGAUACCUUUGACUUCGUCCUCAUGAAACGUGGAGUGGCUUAUUUCCAGAAGUCACAGAAGAUGGAGCGAAAUAGGCGGUUGGACCGACACACGCUCGAUCGCCUGCACAGAGUAACAGCAAAGGCUGCUGCAGGAGAAGGAUGGGCAGUGCCAAAGGCUGUCAAGUCAACAGUUGCUGAGCUUAGUGGUAAAGGUGGGGAGAUGGUAAUGGGAAUGGUUGGGAGAGACAAGCCUGGAAUCGGAGAUAUAGAGACUCUGGAUUAUGAUCGAUUUGUUAGUCUUCUGCACGGAGAGAGGGCCAAAUGGCUCUGGUAUGGCAAGCCAAGGAGGAAUGGUGGAACUGAGCAGUUUGGGAGACAUGGAGAUCAUGAUGUUGGUCACCUGAAAUUUCAAAAAGACGAUCAUGGAGGCUAUAUUUGGUCACACAGCAAAGCGGAGUCAACACCGGCAGAAGAGGAGCCACGGAAGAAAGAGGAGCCACGUAAGAAAGAAGAGAGUCCUCAAGCUGUGUAUAACAACAAACCACCAGGUUCAGUGACAAGUAUGCUCGAAAGUCCAAACGAGAAGGAUCCGCAGCUGCGGAAGACUGUUUUCAAAAGUGUGACGGGCAAGAUGAGUGAUGCCAGGUCUGGAUUUGGCCGAAUCAAAGAUGCAGUUGGUCUUCGUGGCCACACCAGCAGACCUUCGAAGGACGAAGGCGUCGAUGUAGGCUACUUUAAUGCGAACAAUAGCUCGAGUACAUUUGGAAUGGGGUCAACUGGUACCCCAAUCAGUCCAGUCAUGAUUGGCAAGGCUUUUACCUGGAAAGACACACCCGCUCUGUAUCAAAAUGGCUCCCCGAAGCCCGAGAUCUUGUCGUCUGGUGCUUUGCAACGAGAACCAGAAGCCAUGAUAGAGGAAGUUCGACCAGACGUUCCAAUCGUGAAUGUCCCAGAGGAAGACCAGAACGCCAUGGAAGCCGAAGCAAAAUGGGCUGAACAAGUCAGAGACAUUCGCCGAGACGUGGUUUCAAAUGACAUCUCUGUGGCUGGAUCUGUGUACGACGAGAAAGAUCUCGAGCGUCCCUUGUUAGAAGCUCUGCGUGAACCAAAUAACUUCCAGGUGCUUCUUCAUCGCCGCCAUAGCUUUUCGGGAGCAUUUCCCAUCACCCCAAAGCAACGAAAUGACGCGUGGUGGCCUCGACAGAUGUCCUUUACCGACGCCGAAGAUGCCAUCCUGGGUUGGGAACCUGUAGGUACCAUUGCUGAUGAUGGCGAGGACGCCGAUACUUGGGCGGCUCUACAAAGACAAGGUUUACUCUCUUCUGAUUUCAAGAAUCUCUUCGAGAAGAUAAUUGAUCUGCAAGAUGAGAUUCGACCUUGGGUUGAGCAGAAGGUUCAAGGGAUUGAAAAGCUUGAUGAGCAAGCAUCUACAGACCAGGAACAGUUUCAGACGCUUUACUACCAGCUGACUGAGCAGUACCAAGCUGUGAAACAGAGCUCUCAGGACGUACUUGGUGACGAACGAUCUCAUGUUAUGGAAGCCAUUAAGGAUAUCGAAGUCCUCGGAGCCAAGCUUGAAUAUGAAAUCAACGCCUUGGUAUCCAAAGUCCAAGACGUGGAAGAUGGAGUACUACAGUUUGAAAGACAGGUCGAUGAUCUAGAAGGUCGAGCGAACGAUCUGGAGAAGCAGUUGAGCACGGAGAGUUGGGCCCACUGGCUAGUCAGAAGCAUCACAGGAAUAGGAACUGGACCCAAUAUCACAGCACCUCGGCGGCGCCAGCAGCAGCAAAGCAACAAGUGAACAACAAGCAAGCAAAAUUACAGGAUAUCGGAGCAUUGGUAGCAUAUAGCGGGCGGCGUUAGGAAUACCCUAUGAGCAUUUACAUGGUAGCAUGAUAGCGUAGCGUGGCAUGUGUGCGACCCGAAUCGGUUUUGAGUGGAUAAUGAACG